AAAAAAAAAAAACAGUUUCAAAACUGUGCUUGCACUGCCAGCUUUGCAGAACAUUUACUCUUGCGUGUUGUGCCAUUUUUUGUAUUGUUUUUGUGUGUAAAAUUUAUAGGAGAAUAUUAGUAAUAGUUUCAUAAUUUUGCACAGGAUAUCAGGGAAAAUGAAAUUGACCGAUCCUUCACAGGGAAGCUCGGAAUAUAAGACUCAUUUCCAGUGGCAUGAUUCGAGGAAGUCUGCUUCAUUCUGCCCUUCACCGGAACAGUCAGCAAAAGAGGCUGGUUUGAAGUCUGCAGAAUUAAGUUUCACGUCAGGAUGCGUAAGAGAGCCUCCACUGCAGCGGAAACGCUAUCCAAUCAACCCAUCCGCCAAGGUCACUGCAACCACCAAAAUGUACACAGAGGAUCCAUCUGAGGAAUCCGUGGACAUAGUCGUACCCAGCAAAACUUACAUAAAAAAAAAACACCCAGAUUCAGGGGACCGAUCAAACAGCUACAAACUCUCAAAGCAUAGACCUAAAACCGAUGAUUACUACAGGCACAAAGAUGAACACAAAAUCGAUGCAGCAAAAACAUACAAGUUGGACCCUGAAGCUGCUAAGGCAAAAACAUACAAAACAGAUCCUAGGGUUGAUAAAGGAAAGACUUUCAAGCUGGACCUGAAAAAAAUUGCUAAAGAGAUAGUGUAAAAGCUGCUGUUGUUGCCGGAAAACCCAAAGUAGUGGAUCGAAGAGAAGAGAAAGAAAAUAUUGAUGUGAAUCAGGAUAUUGCUUCAGAGCAGUCUGAGAGAGGAUUGAAAUAUCGAGCAGGUCACAGGAGAAAACCUCCAGGACCAAAAAGAUUAUCUGAAUAUCAAAGACAGUUUGCAUGGAAGACACCAGCAUUUAAAGAAUCACCACUCAUAGCUGCUGAACAGAUGAUUUACAAUUCUAAUGCUAUCCAAACGUACAUGCCCAAGAACGUGCCAAGUAAAUCUGAGUAUGAUGCCCAGUUCCAGGCAUGGAAUGAAUCAAGACCUUCUCAGGUAGAAAUGCUAAAAGAGCAUGCUAAAAGAGAUGCUGAACUGGAAGUCAAACAAAAGAAGAAAUCAUCCAAGGGUAAGAGGAGAAAAAGUGGUAGUAAAAAAGAAGUUGUUACUCCAGACCAAAUGCCAGCAGCCGGUGUUCCAACAUUCCAUUUGCCGGAACAGCUGAAAAAUGCACAGAAUCCACAGAAACCAUUUUUCCCUCAUGCAGCGAUAAAGAAAUGGAAGUCUGAAUACCGUUCCAAUUACCAUGAUCCUAGGGUGUUCAGCUAUAUGGAUGGUGUGUGGCGUGGAGCCGAUCCACCGCAUAUCGAACCUCGGGAUGAAAGUUCCAAGCAGGAGAAAAUUGGUGUAGCACCUGAUUGGUUCGGUGAGGUAAGGGGAACUCCUAAACAGUUCUCUAAUUACUCAGACAAAAAGAAAGACUCAGUGCAUGAUGCUAAAUGGUUUAAAGAGGUUGUAGAGCUGAGGAAAAAAGCCCAGGAAUACCAGAAACGUGCAAGGGGUACUCAUUUCUCAAGGGAACAUUUAGCGCAGUUACUAGCGCAGCAAGUGAAGAUGUGGGAAAUGGAGAGUGUGUCAAGUACCAGCACAUUGACACCAAGUGAACGAACGGUAUCCACAGCCAGACCUGCAGCGGGUAAAACGUACACCAAAGAAGUUGCAGCACAACAACAAGCCAAGUUGGCACGAGAGGAAGAAAGACGUAAAUUGACACCAUCUCCUUCUCCGUCUCCUCACGAUUCAGAGAGAACCCCACAACCAGCAUCGGUGAAACGGAAGUUAGCCUGGCCAGUGGAUGAAAAACCAAGACAAGAAGAAGUAUCCAGUAUUGGCACCAUUCCUACUCCAGAAAGUCUUCAGUCAUCGUCAAGAGAUACUCUAACUCCCAAUGAUGACGAUGAAGAGGGACGCAUUCCAACACCACGGCUUACAAAGAAACCAGACGCCAGUAAACAACGACAUCACUUAGCAAGAACGACACCUGCAGUUGGUGGUGCCUUAUUAUCUUCACCAAAUAUUAAAAGGUCCUCAGGUGUCAAGAAACAGAGUCCUAGUUCAAAGGAGAGUGGAGCAAAGUUGCAACCAGCUUCAGAAAAUGGUUACCGUAGUGAUGAUGAAGACAGUGUUCCCCAGUUAUCGCGAAAGAUGGUACAAAAGAGCAGUCCCAAACAUUCCAGAUAUCAGGCUGAUAAAGUCCCCUGUAGCUGUGGUGCUGAUGUCAAGUCACAUACCAAAUUAAUCAAGUCACCAUCAGCCGGUGUCCACACCAGAGAUCCUGAUCCGAUUGAGGAAAACUAUCCAACGUCGCCAUUCCAGAGGCACUCGCAGAAUAGAUUUGAAACUGGUCCAGUGAGAUUGCCUGAAGAAUCGAGCCCUCCAAGACCAGUUGAUAGCAGACCCCUUAAAACAUGGGCGGGACACCCUGUCGAUCAACCAAGACCAAAAGUGACACCGAAGAAAGAUUCCAGAGAAUCCGACCAACCACCAUCGUACCUGAGAAAACCAGCUGAAGCGUGGUCAGUCCCCUUGGAACCCUCUACAAGGGCCGCACAAUAUAGCCGACCAGACAGCGGUUUCAUUACACCACCGCCAAGACCAGAGGCCAGACUGGACCUGCAAGAUGACGAAGACCGGUGGUCUGUGAAAUCUACUGGAACAGUCUCCUCCAGCUGUUCGUUGGCAUCGGAAGUUCUGGAGAGAGCACGGAGACGCCGCGAUGAGUUUUGGGGAAAGCAACCAAGCGUCCAAACAAAAUAAAUAAAGGGCUGUUAAUGAAACCUGACUACCUUGACUAUGUAUAUUAAAUGAAAUAAAUGACAUUCCAGUAUUAAUCUUUUGAAAUAAACAAACUAAACUGUAACAUCACUACAAUUAACUAAAAACUAUCACUUAUUCAUUUAAUUUUUAAUUUAAU